AUGCUUGCCAACGCCAGUUCACUCUGGUUCAAUGUCGGGGCAAUCAAUCACUUGUAUACGACUUGGUCACUUGAUCAAGGUGUUGUAUUCAGUAGAGCAGUCAUUUAUACUGCGAUCUGUUGAGACUAUUCCUUGAUUGAGUUUUUUGUUGCCCUCCAAAAAUAGUUUAUCCUAAAUUCUAUUUUCGCUUUUUUGUUCAGACAAAAUUUUUCUUUUCCCAAGUUUUAUAUCAUCAUCUCAGCAAACACGUUUCCUCACACACACGCCAGUCCAACACUUAUCCCCCUCUCGAUGCAAGCACUAGCAAAAAACGGGGAGAGAGAAGUAUUCGAUCCCUUCUUGUUUUCUCUGAAAAAAAUAGUUUUUCAUUUUUUUUUCCAUUUUCUCAUACCCCUUAAGAUUUUUUUUCGAAGUGAGUGCGGGGAAGGUAUAGCUGCUAGACAUUGUUAGGCGAGUGACAAGCAAGCGCGUCUGUUGGAUGUGCGUAGUGAAGGGACUGUUGGAAUUGCUGUUGGGUAUAAGUGUCUUUAUGAUGCUUAUACUUUGGUGGUGGUUUUUGGCAACCUUUUGCGGCUUGUGUACACUCAACUUUCUAGUGACAUCGCUGGUGGCUGACUGUAGUUGGUUUUCGGCUUUGUUGCGCCUCCAUGUUUUAUGUUUGUUCUAGGCUUCGGUUUAGACUUACUAAAGCGUGUUGUAAACUUCGUUUCAAAGAGUUAGCUCUUUGGAGCUCUUCGGAGCUAACUCUUUGAAACAAAGUUUGAGCAGUCAUUUAUACUGCGAUAUGUUGAGACUAUUCUUCGAUAAAGUUAUCUAGUUUCAAAAAUAGUUUAUCCUAAAUUUCAUUUUUCAAAUUUUUAAUUUGAAAAAUGUUCAAUUUAAAAAUUUUUAAGCUUAAAAAUUUUUAAAUUUUUUUUAAUUUAAAAAUUUCUAAGCUAAAUUUAAAAAUUUCUAAGCUUAAAAUUUUUAACUCGGAAAUUUUUAGGUUAAAAAUGUUUUAAUUUUUCAAAUUUAAAAUUAAUUUUAAAAAUUUUAAUUUAAAAAUUUCUAAGCUUAAAAAUUUUUAAAUUUUUUUAAAUUUAAAAUUAAUUUAAAAAUUUCUAAGCUUAAAAUUUUUAACUCGGAAAUUUUUAGGUUAAAAAUUUUUAAAUUUUUCAAAUUUAACAUUAAUUUUAAAAAUUUUAAUUAAAAAUUUUUAAGUUAAAAAUUUUUUAAAUUUUUAAAUUUAAAAUUAAUUUUAAAAUUUCUAAGCUUAAAAUUUUUAACUCGGAAAUUUUUAGGUUAAAAAUUUUUUAAAAAUUUAAAAUUAAUUUUAAAAAUUUUAAUUAAAAAUUUUUAAGUUGAAAAUUUUUUAAUUUUUAAAUUUAAAAUUAAUUUAAAAAUUUCUAAGCUUAAAAUUUUUAACUCGGAAAUUUUUAGGUUAAAAAUUUUUUAAUUUUUCAAAUUUAAAAUUAAUUUAAAAAUUUCUAAGCUUAAAAUUUUUAACUCGGAAAUUUUUAGGUUAAAAAUUUUUAACUCGGAAAUUUUUAGUUUAAAAUUUUUUUAAUUUUUCAAAUUUAAAAUUAAUUUUAAAAAUUUUAAUUAAAAAUUUUUAAGUUAAAAAUUUUUAAAUUUUUUAAUUUAAAAUUAAUUUAAAAAAUUUCUAAGCUUAAAAUUUUUAACUCGGAAAUUUUUAGGUUAAAAAUUUUUUAAUUUUUCAAAUUUAACAUUAAUUUUAAAAAUUUUAAUUAAAAAUUUUUAGGUUAAAAAUUUUUAAAUUUUUAAAUUUAAAAUUAAUUUAAAAAUUUCUGAAUUUUUUUAGUUUAAAAUUGAUUUGAAAAUUUUUUCUUUUAAGAUUUCGUAACUUUUCAUUUAUUUCUUUCUUCUUAAUUAUCGUCGUUCUUUCGAAAAUUCUUAACCCAAAAAUUUUUUUUCAGCUCGAAAUCGUCGUCUAGCAGCGUCAAUGGCUCCUCAAACUCCGAAAAGACCACGUAAAUCGGUGAGUUAAUUCUUUCGAUUAGCGAAUGAACCUAUUACAAUAAUUUUGUUUUUCAGAGAUCUCGUCAAAAACGUCGUUCAUCACCGCCAUCAAAUCGCUCUCCAAAUGUUUCACCGCCGCCGAGUCCGGCCCUAACAAGAGCAGCAAAGAAAAAAGCAGCCAUGCUGCGAGCUGCGCAAGGACUACCACCGCUGGUCUCUCCGAAGAAGAAUCCUCGAUUUUUCCUAGACCCGGAUGUGAGUUUUUGUAGGAUUUUUAGAUUUCCCCGAGCUUCUGUAAGCUUCAUUCUUAGAAUAAUCCUAUUUUUUUCAGCCGCCAAAAGGCGUUCGGUCAGCAAUCAGAAAUCCAUUCAGCUGUAUCCAAAAGAAGAGAGCACAGUCAACUCCAGCUCCUUCGAAACCGGCCAAAAAGACAGCGAAAAAUACAAAGAGACAACCUGCACCGAAAAAUGUUCCAAAAGCUGCUCCAAAAAAGGCGGCUCCCAAAAAGGAUACGACAAAUGGAUCAAGAAGAAACGUAGUUGCGAAUAUUAUCAAUGAAGAAGACGAAGAACCGGGAAAUCGUGAAGAUGAGGAAGAAGCAAAUGAAGAUUAUGACCACGGAGAACUGCGAAAUCGCCAACCAACUAGAGCCCAAGAUUCGCAAAGAACCCGAAGAGCAACAACUGCACCUGCACCAUCGGCCAGAGAAAAUACACAAAGACAAACGCGUCGAAUUUAUGUGUCGCCGCCGAGAGGAGGGCGCCGCCACAGAAGCGGCGCAAUAUAUCAUUAUGAGCCGUUGGAGGUUGGUUGUUUGCACUCAUUUCAUUAUUAAUAUAAUUAACGCAUUGUUUUUUUUUCAGAUCGGGCCCGAAUUUCGAAAUAGAUUUGAGACAGAUGUGAGAGUCAGCCCGCCCAUUCAAGACCGUCUUCAAACUCAACCAACUCAAGUCAGUUUACAUUAUUGUAUUGAUUUAUUCAAUUUUACAUUUUUCAGACUGUAUCAAACUCGCGCUCACGCUCAACAAGAAGACAACAAAAUCCUUCCAAUUCACGUCGUCCCCGUCAAUCCAGCCGUCGCUGA